AUGGAUCACAAAACAUCCCACUUGCCGACAUGGCAGGAUAACAAAACCGCGAGCGAGAAGGACGGUUUCGCUGGACAUGAUGAGAAAUCGACGCUUUUGAACGACAAUACGAAAAAUCAACAGACGAUGGAUAUGCAGCAAAUCUUUAACAAUCGCCUUAUGCCCGUCGCAUUCGCUCUCCCGUGGGUGAUGGGGAUGUUAAUUUCGUGGAUCCCAUUCACCAAGAUCUCUCUUUACAACGCCCCCGAUUUCCUUAUUCUCGCCGCUCUCAUCAGCACCCUCGAGGUCCUCAGCAUCGUCGCAGUCUUUAUCUUCACAUCCCUCCGCCCCUCAGCGCUCGACACCGAACCCAGCCCCAGCACGACGACUCUCAAAGAGAAAUUCUUCCGUGCCUGGUUCUGGUUUUUGUUCAUCAGUCCAUUUAUCACAGGAACCAUGGUCGUUUUGAUGGCGAGCGACAUUUCAUGCGAUCCGGAAGAUGAUCUGGAUAUGCAUCAGCCAAUCUGCCAAGUUGGCAUUCGUCUCAUUAAAGCGACUGCUUUAUGUCGCGCUGGAAUUAUUGCGACAUUUCUCUUUGCUACAUCUUCAUAUUUAGAACAACGACCUACGAAGCGCUGCACCGACUCGAACUCUGCAUGA